AUGUCAGUUGAAAAAGCAGGUACCAGCCAUAUCGAAGAGUUUGAAGAUCCUAAAGCUAGCACCUCUCAUAUAGAGGUAGGGACGGAUUUGAAAAAGUCUGAUUCCGAAUUGGGAUUGGAUGAAAUUGAAGAAGAACCAUAUUAUAUUGAUUUACCAGAAUCAUUGCAAGAUUUGACUCAAGAAGAGUUAAAACAGUUGGAUAAGAAAACAACCAGAAAGAUUGAUUUGAGAUUGAUGCCGAUGUUGAUCUUCAUUUACAUUUUGAACUAUAUUGAUCGUAACAAUAUUGCUAGUGCAAGAUUGGGUGGAUUGGAAGAGGACUUGGGUUUGGUUGGAAAUCAGUAUGAAAUCAUCAUUUCGGUGUUGUUUGUUGGUUACAUUUUGUUUCAAGUUCCUUCAAAUAUGUUGUUGAAUAGAUUGGGUCGUCCUUCUGCAUAUUUGGCCGUCGUCAUGACUCUUUGGGGUGCCAUCUCAACUUGUACUGCUGCUGUGCAAAAUUUCAGUGGAUUGGUUGCUAUUCGUGUUUUGCUCGGUGUGGUUGAGUCGGCUUUCUUCUGUAGUGCAUUGAUGAUUUUGUCUUCUUGGUACGAUAAAAAGACUUUGGCUUCAAGGAACUCGAUUUUAUAUGCUGGUUCAUUAAUCAGUUCCGCUUUUAGUGGAUUGUUAGCUGCUGCUAUUUUGGAAAUGGAUGGUUUGGGAGGAAUUGAAGGUUGGAGAUACUUGUUUAUCAUUGAAGGUGGUAUCACGGUUUUAACAGUUCCAUUUGCCUACUUUAUCUUGCCAGAUACUCCUCACAAUACCAAGUUUUUGAGUCAACAAGAGAAGGACAUUAUUCAAUGGAAAUUGAAGAGAGAUUUGGGUAACGUUGAUGAUACUGACGUUGAAGCUAAAGUUAGUGAUUGGGAAGGUCUCAAAUUGGCCGUCGCAGAUACAAAAAUGUGGAUGCUUUGUGGUAUGCACAGUUUUUUGGUCGCUGCUUGUGGUGUCACCAACUUCUUCCCCACCAUUGUUGGUACUUUAAACUUUAACCACACUAUUACCUUGUGUUUGACCGCUCCACCUUACGUUGUUGCUGUUUUCGUCACUUACUUUUGGGCCAGGCAUGCUGACAAAACUGGGGAAAGAGCUUUACAUGUCAUCAUUCCCUUAAUUUUGGCCUUGGUUGCAUUCGUAAUUGCUGUGGCGACAUUGAACACCGGUGCCAGAUACUUUAGUAUGAUCUUAAUGAUUCCAAGUUUAUAUUCUGCAUUUGUGGUUAUUUUGACAUGGAUUUCAAACUCGUGUCCUAGACCACCAGCAAAGAGAGCUGUUGCUAUUGCAUUGGUCAACUGUUUGAGUAACUCUACUUCAAUUUGGAACUCAUACUUAUACCCUUCAAGUGAUGGACCACGUUACGUCAAGGCCAUGAGUUGUAACAUUGCAUUUCUUGCUUUAUCCAUCAUUUUCGUCAUUAUGUUGAGAAUUAGAUUGAUGUUCUUGAACAAGAAGAUUGAGAACGGUACUAUGAACUGGCAAAAGGAAUUGGGUAAAGGUAAUGAUGGCUCAAAGAUCUCAGCAGAUUUUAGAUACUUAUAUUAA